AUGUGCCUGUCUCGUGUUCUGUGCUCUUGCAAUCAAGAGGUGUUCGUAGCGCUGCUGGUUCUCAUGAUCGUGCGGCCUUUUGAAGUGACUCAGUUCCACUUUUUCCCUUCCACCUCCCCUCCCCCUGUCCUUCAGGUGCUCAAUCCAGAGGUGCGCAAUCUGGAGGUGUUCAUAGCGCUGCUGGUGAUGGUGAUAGCGUGCUGCUUCUUCAUUGAGAUGGGGCAUGCACCAGUGGAUGGCAUGGCUGUGUUAGAGGGCAUGUUUGUCCCGCGCAUACAAGACCUGGGUGCACUCGCCAUCGCCAUCUCGCUCAUCGGCGCUCUGGUCAUGCCGCACAACCUCUUUCUGCACUCCGCACUGGUGCUCAGCCGCAAGCCCCAGCGCACCAGUCAAGGCAUCAAGGACGGGUGCCUGUACUCGUUACUAGAAGUGGCAGCGGCGCUCAUAAUCAGCUUCGCCAUCAGCGUGGCAGUCAUCUGCGACGGGUGUCUCUACUCAUUAUUGGAAGUGGCAGCGGCGCUCAUCAUCAGUUUCGCCAUCAACGUGGCAGUCAUCUGGCAGAGUUCCACGAUCACGGGGACGUACGCGGGGCAGUAUGUGAUGUCGGGGUUUCUGGAGCUGCACCUCGCGUCGUGGCUGCGCAACCUGCUCACACGCCUCGUUGCCAUCGUGCCGUCGCUCGCUGUUGCCAUUGUGGCUGGCGCUACGGGCGCCGGCAACCUCAUCAUUGCAUCCUCGGUGGGUUGGAGGGGAGGGGAGGGAUAG